AUGGCGAACAGGCGAUUGCGUAAUCUUCUUGAAGGAAACCACAACACGGAGUCUCCAGAGUCCCCAGAGUCCAACUUGGACAAAAUAUACCGCGCAGUCUUAGAUUUUUAUACGCGGGACUUGAGCGACGUUGAAAAGCAAGAGGACUUUUUCCUGAAAGAGAUUCUACGGUUAAUCGUAACGCUAUUCAAGCCCCUACCAAUCAGUUCACUAGCCGAGUUUACGAUAUCGAAAAGACCGGUGUCUAGGGUGGAAGAAUGCCUACAUAGUAUACGUUCCAUCGUCGACCUCCCAAAGGAGCAUAAAUCACUAAUUAGCCCAGUACAUGUCUCAUUCUACGAGUUCCUCUUAGAUAAACAGAGAUGUGGGAGAACGGGCUUUUUUGUCGAGCCAUCUACGGUGCAUUUCCACUUGUUCGAAAGGUGUCUCGAAAUUAUGUCGCAACACCUUCAUAUGGAUAUGUGUGACUUUCGAAAGCCGGGAAUUCUUUCUAUCGAAAUUUCGUCGAGUUUAAUACAGCAGUCCGUCGAACCACAUCUGCAAUACGCCUGCAAGUACUGGGUUAAUCAUCUCAUACAAAUUGAGAAAACUCAGCUACCACAGGAUAUAUUAACCGACGGUGGAAAAAUCCAUAAAUUCUUCCAAAAACACUUUUUGAACUGGCUUGAAACACUCAGUUUGAUCAAAGAGGUUGGAAGCGCUGUCCACGCAAUUAACCAUUUAAAGGCGUCAGGGGGUCAAGAAUUAUAUAAUUUCCUUCGGGAUGCAUACCGCUUCAUCCUUUUCAACAUACAAAUCAUUCGAGACGCCCCUCUUUAG